ACCAAACAUUUCCUUUCAAAUGAAUCCACCUCCCUCCUCUCUAACAAUCUAGCUUCUUUUCCUUUCAACAAACACUCUCUCUCUUUGUGAUGGAACUGUUCACCCCAUCGUGUCUCAAGUUUCUAUUUUACUCUCUUGUGAUCUUAUUCCUUAUUCUUACUCGUGCAAACUCUCAAUCUCAGUUGCAUGAUCAAGAACAUGCAACACUACUUAAGAUAAAGCAGUCUCUUGAAAACCCUUCAUUCCUCAGUCACUGGACCUCAUCAAACUUCUCUUACUGCUCUUGGAAAGAGAUAACAUGCAACACUGGCUCUGUCACUGGUUUGACUUUGGCCAACGGAAACAUCGAUCAAACCAUACCCUCUUUCAUAUGUGACCUCAAAAACCUCACACAUGUUGAUUUCAACAACAAUUUCAUUCCUGGGGAGUUCCCAACUUCUCUCAACAAUUGCUCCAAGUUGGAGUACCUAGACCUGUCCAUGAACAACUUUGUUGGUAGCAUCCCUCAUGACAUUGACAGGUUCUUUAAUUUGCAGUAUCUUAACCUCAGUUAUACCAACUUCUCUGGUGACAUUCCAGCUAGCAUUGGAAGGCUAAAGGAACUGAGACAUCUUGAUCUUCAAUACUGUCUACUCAAUGGAACCUUCCCUGCUGAGAUUGGCAACUUGUCCAAUCUUGAAACCUUGGACUUGUCCUCUAACAUUUUCGCUCCUUCGAGGUUGCACAAUAACUGGACACUGUUGAACAAGUUGAAGGAAUUUUACAUGUUUGACUCCAACUUGGUUGGGCAGAUCCCUGAAACCAUUGGAGACAUGGUGGCUUUGGAGAUUUUGGAUAUCUCACAAAACAGUUUGAGUGGACAAAUUCCCAAGGGUUUGUUCCUGCUGAAGAAUCUGAGCAUAAUGUUUCUUUCGAGAAACAAACUUUCUGGGGCAUUACCUGAUGUGGUAGAGGCAUUGAAUUUGACCAUCAUUGAUCUCACACAGAAUGGUAUCUCAGGAAAAAUACCAGAUGGUUUUGGAAAGCUCCGAAAGUUAACUGGUUUGGCUUUGUCUUUGAAUAACUUGCAAGGGGAGCUACCACAAAGCUUAGGCCUUCUUCCAUCUUUGAUAGAUUUUAAAGUAUUUUCCAACAAUUUAUCAGGUACCCUUCCUCCAGACUUUGGCCGCUCAUCGAUGCUUAAAACGUUUAUGAUUUCAACUAAUACUUUUAGUGGAAAGCUACCAGAGAACUUGUGCUAUAAUGGUCACUUGCUUAACAUAUCUGUCUAUGAAAAUUAUCUAAGUGGAGAGUUGCCACAAUCACUAGGGAAUUGUAGUAGCCUGAUGGAUCUGAAAAUUUAUAGUAAUGAGUUUUCUGGUAGCAUUCCUAGUGGUCUUUGGACUUUCAACUUGUCAAAUUUCAUGGUGAGCUAUAAUAAGUUCACUGGUGAGCUUCCUGAGAGAUUGUCACCAACUAUUUCACGCUUGGAGAUAGAUCACAAUGAGUUUUAUGGUAGGAUUCCAACUGGGGUAUCUUCAUGGACUACAGUGGUAGUGUUUAAAGCCAGUAAGAACCACCUUAAUGGGAGUAUUCCAAAAGAGUUAACAUCUCUUCCCAAGCUAACAACUCUUUGGCUUGAUCAUAACCAGUUCACUGGACCACUUCCAUCAGAUAUAGUAUCAUGGAAGUCCCUUGCAUUACUAAAUUUGGGCCAAAACCAACUCUCUGGACAUAUCCCGGAUUCAAUUGGUUUGUUACCAGUCCUUAGUGAACUUGACUUGUCAGAAAACCAAUUAUCUGGUGAAAUUCCUUCUGUACUUCCCAGACUCACCAUUCUCAAUCUAUCCUCCAAUUAUUUAACAGGGAGGGUUCCAAGUGAACUUGAAAAUUCUGCUUUUGCCAGAAGCUUUUUGAACAAUUCUGGCCUCUGUGCUGAUACCCCAACAUUGAAUCUCAGGUUGUGCAAUUCUAGCCCUCAAAGGAAAAGCAAUGACUCAUCUUGGUCUCUUGCUUUGAUUAUAAGCCUGGUGGUUGUGGCAUGCUUCCUGGCUUUGUUGACAUCACUCUUGAUCAUCAAAUUUUACAGAAAAAGAAAGCAAGGCUUGGAAGGUUCAUGGAAGCUCAUUUCCUUUCAAAGGCUGACUUUCACUGAAUCAAACAUAGUGUCAUCAUUGACAGAACAUAACAUUAUUGGCAGUGGUGGAUACGGUGCAGUAUACCGUGUUGCAGUUGAUGGUUUAGGCUAUGUUGCUGUGAAAAAGAUUUGGGAAAACAAGAAGUUGGACAAGAAUCUUGAGACCUCAUUUCACACUGAAGUUAAAAUAUUGAGCAACAUUCGUCACAGGAACAUUGUGAAGUUGAUGUGCUGCAUCUCUAAUGAGGACUCUAUGCUCCUUGUGUAUGAGUAUGUGGAAAACCGUAGCCUUGACAGGUGGCUGCACAGGAAGAACAAGUCAUCAGCCGUGUCAGGUUCAGUCCAUCAUGUUGUCCUUGAUUGGCCAAAGAGAGUGCAUAUAGCCAUUGGAGCUGCACAAGGUUUGAGCUACAUGCAUCAUGAUUGCUCACCACCUAUUGUGCAUCGCGAUGUGAAAACAAGCAACAUUCUUUUGGAUGCUCAAUUCAAUGCAAAAGUUGCUGAUUUUGGUCUGGCUAGGAUGUUAAUGAAGCCAGGGGAACUUGCUACCAUGUCAUCAGUUAUUGGCUCAUUUGGCUAUAUGGCUCCAGAAUAUGUUCAAACAACUCGAGUCAGUGAAAAGAUUGAUGUAUUCAGCUUUGGAGUGAUCCUAUUGGAACUGACAACUGGUAAACAAGCUAAUUAUGGUGAUGAGCACUCAUCUCUUGCAGAGUGGGCAUGGCGCCACCACCAGUUAGGAAGCAACAUAGAAGAGCUUCUUGACAAAGAAGUCAUGGAAACUAGUUACUUGGAUGGCAUGUGUAAGAUUUUCAAACUAGGGGUCAUGUGUACUGCAACACUUCCUGCUAGUAGACCUUCCAUGAAGGAGGUCCUGCAAGUAUUGCUUUCUUUUGAAGAGUCAUUUUCUAAAGGAGAGAGCAAUAUUGGCCACUAUGAUGAUGUUCCCCUUCUUAGAAAUUCAAAAAGAGAGCAUAAGUUGGAUGUUGAUAAUGAUAUCUAACUAGAUUGGUAUCAUGUUGAUGUUGGAUACUGCUGAAAAGUGUGACUAACCAAUUGAGCUUCCAUGUAGAUUAUUGCCAACUCUCGAAUUGAAGUCAGUGGAACACAGCCAUAUGAUUGCAGAUUUAGGAUAUUAGUACUAUAGAGUGCAUGGAAAAUGACACAAUAUAAGACCAAGUACUUAUUUUUGUUAAGUGAGAUUAAUCCUCAGGGUGGUGAUUAGUAACAGGAUUCUGAUUAAUCCCCAACAGAAUCUCUCAAAUACGUUGUAAAUGCACUUAGUUCCUAGUCCUUAAUAAUUUUUUGGUAUCACAA